AUGGAACGCUCUCUCUCUCUCGAGGAACAAGCAGAACUUGCUUGCAGCAAUAAAAAAGUUAAAAAUGUGACUCAUGCGGCUUUUUGUGAAGGCCAAAGCUCGGGGUCUGCAUCUCCUAGUUUCACUGGGGGCCAUGGCAGCCAAAAUGCUUCAUUUAGAGAUAAACUUAUGGGUGAAAUACCAGGUGCAUACACGCAGGCCUUUUGUUUUGAGGAGUUCAUGGGUUACGAUGCCGAGUCAGAUGACGAAGUGGAAACUCUUAGGCAAGGUAUGGUAGCUGUGAAGUUCUCGAAGGAGCUUAAAAAAGAGAUCCGAAGAACUUGGGUGAGAGCUUUGAUUGUGAAAGUAUACGGUAGAGCUAUUGGAUUAAAUUUUCUCCAAGCUAGAUUAUUAUCCUUGUGGAAGCCAGCAGGGCGUAUGGAUGUUGUUGACCUUGAACAUGGUUUUUUUCUCAUAAGGUUGUCUUUGAAAGAGGAUGUGGAGACUGUGUUGAAGAAAGGUCCUUGGUUUUUAGGAGAACAUUUCCUUUCAGUUAGACCAUGGGAACCGGAUUUCAAGCCCGAAUCAACCAAGUUGUUUUCUAUUGCAGUUUGGGUUAGACUCAGUGGGUUACCUAUUGAAUACUACAAUGCUAAGGCUCUCCAACACAUCGGGAAGGCUAUUGGCAAUGUGUUAAGGAUUGAUACUUUUACGGCGACUGAAUCAAGAGGGAAGUUUGCAAGAUUGUGUAUCCAAGCCGAUGUGGACAAGCCGCUUAUUACUACGGUGAUGAUAGGUAAACUCUAG